UAUUAAAGAUACCGGAUAAACUUGUGUAAUGUGUUUGUUCAUAUAAUUUGCUAAACACGAGAGGAGUGAUUUCUCUCUGCUGUAGUGAUGCUAUGAAGUCUCCUGCAUUUUAACUUCAUUCGGUUACACUUGAGGAAGCGCUGGUACAAGCACUGCGUUGAGGUGGCCGGGAGGUGAUGGUGCAGCAGCAGUAGUCACAGCAUCACCAUGGACCGCUCCGGCCGGUGGUUACCUGCCGCCCACCUGUAGCAUCCGUCGGCAGCAUGGCGAACACGACCCGCGGCAGCCAGGACCGGAGAGACAGCCGCUGUGGUGUGUCUGGAGGAGCCAUAGUGGAGAAUGGCUCUGUAGUGAGAGACCCGACUGCCUCUGACCUCCAUGAUCACACCAACCACCACUGCCAUGAACCCAGCACAACCCAGCAGAGUAAACCCGUCCUGCCCAGUUACAAGCCAUCCUGCUCGUCCACCCCCAUCUACUACAGCAGCCCCCAGAAAUUGUACUCAGACCUGGACCAGGAUAGCCACAGCUUGACUUCACAGGACUCAGGUAUCCCAACUCUGGAGAUCAACCCUCCAGAGCCCAUCCUCCACGGCAACCAGCGCCCGGGCGACGCAGGCCUCGUCCUGGCCUCUAGUCAUGACUCACCCGCCACGUUACCUCUGGAUGAUGAUCCCUCUGAUGGCAACGCCAUCCGCAAGUCCUCCACCUUCCCCCGCAGCGGCUAUGACUCCAUCCGCCUCUUCAGCCCCGCCCUCAGAUUAUCCGCCACCAUGGGCAUAGGUGUCGGGGGCGGAGCCUUAAACCGCAGUGAUGACAUCUCUGUGUGCAGCGUGUCUAGCAUGAGCACUGAGCUGUCGGUGUCCAAUGAAGACAUCUUGGACUUCACCGUCACAUCUGACUCGAGUGCCAUCGUCACCUUGGAGACGGACGACAGCGGCACCGCUCACUUCUCAGACGUCACACUGUCGUCGUCACCUGGAAACCCCAGAGACUUCUGGAGUCCUGUACACAUGCAUCCGGGGGCAGGUGGCAUGCAACAGGGGGAAGAUGGCAGGCAAAAGAAACUGGGACCUCUAGCCAGCUUGUUCACCAGGAGCCUGUUCACCAGGAAAGUGAAGGACGGCCGGCCGGCGGAGCAGAGGGAUCCAGGGUGGAAGCUGUUUGGGAAAGUCCCACUGCGUGAAGGACCCAUCAGGGACCCUAAGAGAAUACAAAAGGAAUAUGAAACAAAGAGUGGCAGAGCUGGACCUGGCAACCCAACAUCUCCCAGGCAGAGUGUGAGGAAAAACCUGGACUUUGAGCCCCUCUCCACCACCGCACUGAUACUGGAGGACAGACCUGCGAAUCUGCCUGCCAAGCCAGCCGAGGAGGCACAGAAACACCGACAGCAGUAUGAAGAGAUGGUGGCCCAGGCCAAGAAGAGAGAGUUGAAGGACGCUCAGAAGAGGAAGAAGCAGCUGGAGGAUCGGUGUAAGCUCGAGGAGAGCAUUGGCUCAGCCGCUCAGACUUGGAACCAGGAGAUCUUGCCUAACUGGAGUACAAUGUGUACAUCUCGGCGAGUGAGAGACCUCUGGUGGCAGGGCAUCCCCCCCAGUGUCAGAGGCAAAGUGUGGAGCCUGGCUGUGGGCAACGACCUCAACAUCACACACGAGCUGUAUAGCAUCUGUCUGUCACGGGCUAAAGAGAAGUGGAGGACCACGCCAUCGACUGCCCCAGAGAUUGAAACUGAAGAUGCUGGUUCGUCGGAUCGAGAGUCGAGCCUUGAGCUGAUCAAGCUGGACAUCUCGAGAACCUUCCCCCAACUGUGUAUCUUUCAGCAGGGCGGGCCCUAUCAUGAUGUGCUGCACAGCAUUCUGGGAGCAUACACAUGUUACCGGCCAGACGUUGGCUACGUGCAGGGAAUGUCGUUCAUCGCAGCAGUGCUGAUCCUGAACCUGGACACAGCUGAUGCCUUUAUAGCUUUUGCCAACCUGCUCAACAAGCCCUGUCAGAUGGCCUUCUUCAGAGUCGACCACAGCCUUAUGUUGACUUACUUUGCGGCAUUUGAAGUGUUCUUUGAAGAAAACCUACCAAAGCUCUUUGCACAUUUCAAGAAAAACAACUUGACCCCCGAUAUUUAUUUGAUCGACUGGAUCUUCACUCUGUACAGUAAGUCGCUGCCGUUGGACCUGGCGUGUCGGGUGUGGGACGUGUUCUGCAGAGACGGCGAGGAGUUCCUGUUCCGCACGGCGUUGGGCCUGCUGCGUCUCUACCAGGACGUCCUGACCUGCAUGGACUUCAUCCACAUGGCUCAGUUCCUCACCCGGCUGCCCGACCUCAUCCCCGCCGAGCAGCUCUUCCAGCAAAUCGCCGCCAUCCACAUGACCAGCCGCAACAGGAAGUGGGCACAGGUUCUGCAGGCGUUACAGAAAGAUCAGGAGCGGGGCAGCCCGGUGCUGAAGCGCUGAGGUCACACACCAGCGGACUCGACCAGUUCCAGCGCCAACCCACUUCCCCUCCAGCCUUUGGGAAAAACUGGACUCUUAGCGGGUCAGAUGGACCUGAGAGAGAUCUGGUCGGGGGUGCGGUUGAGUCACUGUGAUAAACCUCUUCUCCAGAGCUGUGUCACCGCUCUGACUGGAACCAGGACCCUGGAGGGGGGUCUGUAAGUGAAGGAGGAGGGGUGAGAAAAGGAAUAUGAGGCCUUAUUUAACUCCCACCAUCCCUCCUCUGAUCAGAGGCCCAGCAGUGGACUGGAAACUGUAGCUGGCACAGGCAGAAGAAUGUAUCACACACUCCUGCAUACAUGCACCUACCAGGCUGGUUCAGGUCUCCACAGACCAGAGGAAACCACAGAGAUGCCAGUUAUUACAUCAAAGAUUUGAAUUUUCUGCUGUCACUGCUUUUUCUGGCUACACUUCUGCUCUUCUUUUUUAAGUCUUUGGCAAAUUUAUCCUUAAAUGUGGCUAUUUUUAUGACAGAAACGUGAAGUGUUUCCCUGAAAUACAGUCUACAUCUCUGACUGCCCUCCAUAAAAUAACCUAAAACAUCCCAUAUCCAGCUACAGUGAGUAUAAAAGCAAAGAAAAGCAGAGGAAGAGCUGGAAAAAGUUAUAGCAAUGUCCUAAAAUCACAUCUCCAGAGUCAGAUCUGUGAAUGACAAAUUUUGAAAUGUGUCAAGUGGAACCUCAGCUAGUGUCUCUGUGUGUCUCCAUCUCUUUGUCUCUGCACCUUUUUUUUUUCCUCUUAACUUUUAUCAUUCCUUCAUGUCCUCUGAUGUCCUCAUGCUUCUCAUUUCUUCCAGUUAGUGUAGAUUUGUUUCCUAAACCAUUCCAUGAAGUCAACUCUGAGUCUUGAAGAAAGGUUUGUGAGUUAAAAUCCAUGAAUAUUCAACAGAAAUGCACAUAACGUUUUAUACUAUAGGUUAACCACCUGAAGACAUGUUUGGUGUCUCUGAGACACCACAAUGUUACAUUUAAUUAAAUGUUUUAAGCCUCUUAAAAGAGGUCAAAAGCUGCCUGUAAAAUGAGAUUUACAGUGUAUUUAUGUCAAUGAAACUGGAGUAAAUAAUAAGUGUGUUGCUAUUAGA